UUCGCGCUCUAAAAAAAUUAAAUUUGCAUAUGUGCAAUGUACCAACUGAUGGAGACUCGCAAAAUGUGCUGGUAGCAUUUGACUUUUUUUGGCGGCCAAAUGAAGAAAGAACGAAGCUGUUUACUUGUGCGCAUUUGCGAUAAUGGCCACUGUUGCGGGUCCUCAUCGUGAUUGUACACCCUUUUAGUGCUCCUCAUAUUUUCCUUUUGCGCGGUUUUCUUGUGCCAAAGCAAAAGCUGUGCAUAUGAGCUAACACGCAGUUAGCGAGCACUACCCCCAAAUUGGUAAAUAUUUUUAAAAACAUCACAUAUGAUAUAAGCACACGUUUGGGCAGGUUUCUUACCUUUUUCGUGAAACUACACACCUGUUAUGAAAAAAAAAAAGAAUCGCUUCACAGCUAGGCGACACACCAAACAAUUCUACAGCAACAAGUGCAGUUGUUGUACAUCCCUCAUGUGGUAAAAUUAAAAUGCCAGGUUUGCCUUGCACAUACUAUAUUACAGCUUUGAAAGGCAUACAAAGGCACAAAUUUUGGCCCGCGUUCCAGGAAGAGAAUUUUUUUUCCUCAUAAAAUUAGUGAAUAACAAUGCGCGAAAUUGCCGCUAAAUCUGUACAACACGGAGGUAAUCACAUUUCAUGGUUAAUUAGGGUCUCUUACUUGCUAUAUGUGUUCCCUUUUUCUGUUCACUUUGCGGUUAUUUUAUUUCUCUUCCUCUUCAAUUUUUUUUUUUUUUUUCCUUACUGCCAAUUUGAAGCGGUACGGUUAGCGCUUUUUAAAAGAGCGAAUCUUUUAACUGGGUACCCUCUUGAAUAACUUUCCCAUUGAGGUCAUUAACGCGCCAUCUGUUUAUGCCUGACCAGCUGACACAGUAAAUGAUAUGUCGCUACUGGAAUUCAUAUACACGUGGUCAACCGCACCGCAACAUCGGGAAACCCCCACACCACUUCCCCCGAUCGGCCCCUUCACAACAGUGGGCCAAACGCUCCACACGCAAACGACAAAUGAGACACAAUGCAUCAUUUAAACUGCCUUAAGUUCCCAACUCGCCAUCAUUUCAAAAGCGUAAUAUUCCACCAGCAUUUUUCCAAAAGAAAAAUUAGCGACACGUGUGAAAGUAAAAUAAUCACCCUCUCCAAAAGUAAAGAGUAUGACCAUUUGAAAAUCUACAGGAAUAACAUUUACAAUAACUUGUACGAGAAUCAAAUUUUGCAAGGAGUUAAAGUACACAGAGUGGACCCUGAGGGGUACGGAGAAAUAGCGAUAUACUCAGCUAGGCAGCACUUCCUGUUUUUCUUAAAAUUCUUUUUGUUAAUUCCAGACGAGCAAGUCAAUUUAAAAGUUGUGGACAUCAAUAAAAAGAAAAAAAAAACAACCUUCCAAGUGCUCUGCAAAACGAGAAAGAGCAAAUACGAAAUAGUGCCCCGCUGUGAAUACUUUUCCAAAUGUGGCGGGUGUAUAUAUCAACAUAUCGACUACAAAUUUGAACGGAAAUUAAAAAAAAAUCUGCUAACCAGUUUGUGUGAAAAGUAUAACAUACAUGUGCUAGCUAGUGGAAAGGAUUACCUACAAAAUGAUCACUACUUUUGCGAGGAGGGUCAACAGGAUGGGGAGGACCUGCUCGAGAUUUCCCAAAUAAAGAGGGAGUAUACGUCUACCGAGUUGGAAGAGGAAGACAACGCUGGCGAAACGGAUAGCACAAGUGGCAGUUGCACCAGUUGGGGUGGCACCCCUGAUCAAGCAAGUCACACACCGAGUCAAAAAAUCUGCGGCGAACAUAGGGACAGCCCCAAAGCGAAGCGCGCGAACUGCGCAAGGAUGUACGACUUUUUAUUUUCAGACGAUUACUACUACAGAAAUAAAUCCUCCAUCAACUUAUCCGUGACUGACCAUUUAUCAAUCGGCUUCUACAAAAGGCACAGCUACGAAAUUUGCGACGUGGACAAAUGUCACAUUCACGAUGAGCACAUACAAAAUGUGUAUGAACAAGUUAAAAAGGAAAUAUUAGACAAUUUUAAAAAAAAUUAUAUUUACAUAUUUAACAAAAUAAAUAACAGUGGCUACCUAAAAAGUGUAGACAUCAAACUGAGCAGGAGCGACACUGAGCAGCAAAUUUUAGUGAGCUUUGUUGGCUUUUCGCUGAAUGACAAGGCAAAAAAAGCCCUCACAAAAAUUUCACUCAAGUUGGGCGCCAAAAAUACAUCCAUUAAAGGCAUCCUAUACAACGUAGAAACGAAUAAGUUAAAACAAAACAGAAAUGAAGUCACUUUAUACGGCCAAAACUGCAUUUACCAUUCCUGUGGGGGGUAUACCUAUAAAUUAGGAGCCAACACCUUUUUCCAGCCAAAUCAGCACCUAAACGAAUGCAUCGUCCAGAUCAUUCUUAAAUUAGUGAGGAGUUACAAAAUAAAUGCCAAGCAAUCUUGCGUGUAUGACCUUUUCUGUGGGAUUGGCUUUUAUUCCCUCCCUCUUUCUGACCUAUUCGGCCAAGUUAUCAGUGUAGAUUACUCCAUAGAUAAUAUAAAAAAUUUAGAAGAAAACGUCAAAAUGAAUAACGUGAAAAACGUAAAAUGCUUCAAUUUGAAUUUGUUUAACCUGCACAGCUUGAGGCAAAUCAAUCUCCACAUCAGGAGGUACAUUGUCAAUUCGGUCAAACAGAAAAAUUAUGAUGUGUACCCCCUCUUGAGGGAGAAACUUCAUUCCACGUACGUCUCAGCAGACAGUGAGGGGGCCCUCGUGGAGAACUUGCAGGUUCACUCCCCGUAUAGCAGCUUGCCAAGUUUCAUUCACGCCCAUUUAAACGAAUGGCCCUCCGAAGAGGCGAACGGGGACGUCUGCAGCAGUUUGGCCGAAAGUAGCCACACAGAUUAUGAUGACGAUGUUUUGCAAAAUGCACCGGAUGGAAAAUUUCCGACGGUGGAUUCGAACAAAGUAGACGAAGCUUCCUACUCGUCUAGAGAAUUUGUCAUUCCAGUCCCCGACUUGGUGAUCAUUAACCCGCCGCGGAAGGGGUGCGAAAAGGUGUUCAGAAGAUGGCUACGGGGGCUCUGCUGUCGGUACAUCAUCUACAUAUCAUGCAAUGCGAACAGCCAGUUUCGGGACAUCAACCAUUUGAGCAACUUGGGCUACAUGGUCAGGGAAAUCAUUCCACUGGAUACCUUCCCACGAACUCCGCAUUUCGAGACAGUUGCCCUGUUAGAGUUCGAUUUUAAUCGAACGGUAGACAAGGAACAAAGGCAGAUAAUACAAUUUGAGCUGAACGAAAUGAAAAGCAAUAAAAAAAAAAAUAAUAAAAAAAAAGGGUAA